AGGAUAAAUAUUGUUUUGCUUCUGUGCCGACAUGUACGAGCAGAGCAGUAUAUAAACGUUAAUCAAAAGUUCUGAGGAGACAUUUCACUUACAUCGAAGCUGUUGUUGUGUGCAUUGACUCAAAAGAAAAUAUUAUCAAGAUGAUGUUCAAGUAUAUUUGCAUCGCCCUUGCACUAGCGUUGGGUUCCGAAGCCUACCCUUGGGGCGCUCCUACCAGUGCUUGCAAAGACAUGAUACCGAGACACAACACCGAACCACAGGAGAUGCCCGCGCCUUACGUAGUUACUACAAGCUCCAAGGUUGUGAAAGCGGGUGAGCAGAUUCAAGUAACAGUCAGUGGCAUGUCACCGUCAGACACCGUGAAAGGUCUCAUGAUGCAAGCAAGAGCUGGUGAAAAGCCUGUGGGAACCUUCAACAUCGAAGAUAGCAAUCCUGUGGUGCAACUUAUGAAAUGUGAGAACGAUGGAGACACAGUGACACACAAGAGGCACGACGCGGAGGAAGACAAACAGUCAAUUACUCUAACGUGGACGGCUCCCGAAGACUUCGACGAUGUUGUCAAAUUCAGGGCCACCAUUGUACUGACUGUCUCGAAAUUCUGGGUUGGAGUUGAAUCAGCGGCAGUCAAAGUUACCCCUUAAAAAGUAAAAACCGUUCCUAUCUAUUAUACUUUUUUCGAUCUUAGAUUGUGUAGCAAAGCUAUGAAGGCUCUAGUUAUGAGACAUUCAAUAAACUAUGUUAUAUAAAA